AUGGUCAGGGCCCCUCAGUCUCUCUGCUUCCCCCCUCCUCUGAGCAGCUCUCUGGGGGCUCGGCCACGCUUGGCCUGCCUGCUGACCGGCUACUCUCCUCAGGGAGCCGUGGUGAGCUGGCAGGUGGACGGUACGGAGUUUGGUGGAGGAACCAAACUCAUCAUUAACUUGGGUGUGGGGCAGCCCACCCUGACCGUCCUCCCCCCCUCCAGAGAGGAGCUGAAGCAGGGCAGUGCCACACUGGUGUGUCUGGCCAGUGGGGGCUUCCCCUCAGCCUGGACGCUGGGCUGGAAAGGUGGGGUGCAGCAGCAGCUCCUCAGGGGCGUCAACAGCCUGGAGGUCCUGGGGAGGGACGGCCACUACAGCUGGAGCAGCCACCCUGAGCCUCCUUGCAGACAGUGGAGGAAGGCGGGCUCAGUGAGCUGUGAGGCCAGUCUGAGUGGACAGAGGCCUGUCACUCAAAGCCUGGAGCCUGAACCGCUGCUCAGAGUAGAGCUUCAGCAACACUUCCUGUCUGCAAAUGAUGCCGCUUCUUUGAACAGAGAUCUGGAUGAAGCUCCAGAUCUCCUCUGUUCACAUGUUUCUGCAUGUUUACACAGCUCUCUACUCAGUGUUUACUCUGCAUGUUGCUUUCUAAUACUCAUCUUCUGCAUGUUCUUCUUAUGUUCAUUAAAAUGA